AACAGCUGGUGAUCUAGGUACGAACACCAUGACCCAAACCUGACAUCCCUCUCCAAUAAUCGAAGCGCGUUCCCUCCAACUGGAGCUUCCACCCCCCCGCAAAGCACAAUACCUACUCUUCGCCGGCGCCCAACGACAAUCACGUCCCGUCCGCUACCUACGACAAGUUUCCGAUUUCCUCAUCGACGACAACGAGGCUCGAGUCUGAAGCCGCCGUGAGCAUCCCGACCACGCCGCGUCCUUGACAUUUCUUCUUCUUCGUUCCACUUCCAGUUCUACCUUGCUCCUCUCGACCUUUGCUCUUACUACGUUUUCUCCUCCCUAAGACAAGACAACAGCAGCACCAGGAAGCAUCAGCAGAGACCAUCCCGGCCGAGCCCCCGUUACAGUUUCCCACCCUCCUGCGCAAGUACCAGCCAGCGCCUCAGUCAGUACCAGCGCCCAGCACACGCACUGCACAGCACCGCACUUGACUGCACCUCAUCUCGACGCACUGUCGCCCAACACCAACCUACCAAAGAUCUUCAGCUCUGGCUGGUUCAGUGCUUCAUCGUUUUUCUCCUGCAUGGGACCAAUCGUCGCUUUUCGCUUCCCGAGUAGUCUUUUUACACCAGCUGUCCCAGCCUCAUCAGCUUAGAAGCUCUCGCUCUCGCAGUCUUUCGUCCGGCUCUCGACAGGACCUCAACGCUCUCGCCAGGCUGGCCCCUCUCUUCUUGCCUUGAAAUCGACCCCUAACAACGAUUAUCGACAUCGCUCAUCGCUACGACGCCUCGAAUCAUCGAUAUUGUUGCUUGCGCAGCCGUUAUCACACCCUCGACGUCCCUUUGCCCCUGACGUCGUUGCCCCGGUGCCCCACUGCCUCAUACAGUUGAGCAGCGGGCGUCUUAAACCGCCCCUCCACACGACACGCUGUUGUCCGACAAGAUGAAGCGCUUCAGUCAGAGAGUUCUCUCGCGUGGGAAAGAUCCAAAUAAGUCUUCUAAGAAGAACAAGGAUUCCAAGGAUGGUACCGCGUCUCCCUCAUCACGGGAUUCCAAUCAGUCACCCGUACUCACGCCGUCAUCCUCCACGUCGACUUUGAACGAUCCUAGAAACAAGCCACUGCCACAGAACAAUACUGGACACGGAGGCGAACAUGGUAGUGGCUCGCAGCCCUCCAAUCUGUCCAAUGUAACUCAGGCCGGUAGCACCCCUGAUCGCUUUGCAACUGGAGGUGCUUCGAGCCCCAACGGCGGAAGUGCCAACUCGAGACUUCCGCCAACUGUUGUCAUCAGCCCAACACCAGGUCAUGUCCCUCCCCCGGGAGCCGCCGAGACGAUGCCACACGAUUUGGCCCCUCCUAAGGCAGGACAAAAGUCGCUCUUGAUCCAUCGAGGAAUAGAUAAUCGCGAUGCGAUUCCCGAGGGACUCAGAACCCCAAAGAGACAGCAUUCCUCACGAUUCGAUAUCUCCGCUCACCGCGAGCUUGAGAAGUUGCCUGGAUUCCAUGAGGUCCCCCCUAACCGACGACAAGAACUCUUCAUGCAAAAAAUUGAUCAGUGCAACGUCAUUUUCGACUUUAACGAUGCGAGUGGUGACAUGAAGUCCAAGGAGAUCAAGAGGCUAGCUUUGCACGAGCUACUGGAUUAUGUCGCCAACAACAGACAAGUCAUCACAGAACCCAUGUACCCCAAGGUUGUUGACAUGUUUGCCAAGAACUUGUUCCGUCCGAUCCCUCCUCCAAUGAACCCUCAAGGCGAGGCUUUUGAUCCCGAAGAGGAUGAGCCCGUUCUCGAGGUUGCUUGGCCGCAUAUCCAGGUCGUUUAUGAGUUCUUCCUGCGCUUCAUUGAGAGUCAGGAUUUCAACACCAACAUCGCCAAGGCCUACAUUGACCAUAGCUUUGUCCUCCAGCUUCUCGAGCUCUUUGACUCAGAGGACCCCCGUGAGCGAGACUUCUUGAAGACCACCCUCCAUCGCAUUUACGGAAAAUUCCUUAACCUACGAUCAUUUAUUCGACGAUCCAUCAACAACGUCUUCUUCCAAUUCACCUACGAAACCGAGCGAUUCAACGGUAUUGCCGAGUUGCUCGAGAUUCUUGGCUCUAUUAUCAACGGAUUUGCUCUUCCUCUGAAGGAGGAGCACAAAAUCUUCUUGACCCGAGUGCUAUUGCCGCUGCACAAGCCCAAGAGUCUGAGCAUGUACCACCCUCAGCUAGCCUACUGUAUUGUGCAAUUCUUGGAGAAGGAUGCUUCUCUUACAGAAGAUGUGGUUCUGGGAUUACUCCGUUACUGGCCCAAGGUCAACAGCACAAAGGAGGUCAUGUUCCUCAACGAAGUCGAAGAUAUCUUUGAGGUCAUGGACCCUGCAGAAUUUGCAAAGGUUCAAGAACCUCUGUUCCACCAGCUUGCCAAGUCUGUCGCCAGCCCUCAUUUCCAGGUUGCCGAGCGAGCCCUGUACUUCUGGAACAACGAGUACUUCUGCAAUCUUGUCAGCGACAAUGUUGAGAUCAUUCUGCCCAUUAUGUUUGCUCCUCUCUACGAGAAUUCAAAGGGCCACUGGAACAGAACGAUCCACGGCAUGGUUUAUAAUGCUAUGAAGCUUUUCAUGGAGAUUAACCCACAGUUAUUUGAUGACUGCUCGCACGACUACACAGAACAGCAGAACAGCGCAGCAGCACGUGAAGCUCUUCGAGAGCGUAAAUGGGCUGCUCUUAGCGAAAAGGCCAACCAACAGAGGGAAAGCAACGGCAGUGGAACCGCCGGUGCCCCAGCACAAAACCAUGUCAACCCCAUGCCUCGCGUAGACGAAGUCGACCCACAAACCGAGGAUAAUUCGAAGCGCCUCGAUUCGCUUAAGUUGCAAGACGGCCGACCCAAUCUUCACGAGCGACAGGAAUCUGUAGGAUCUACUCGAAGCCGGUAAUCCAAGUUAGCAGCUAUCCAACAUUCGUCAAAGCAUCGAACUUGGAUAAGAAAGGGAUAGAUCCCCUUUCCAGAGUCGAAUACAGAGGGACACUGGUGGAUUCGGAUAACGAUCAUGGCUGCAUAGUCGUGUUUGGCGGUGGUAUUAUGAUUAUGAGAAGGGAUUAGUUUUUCGCGGUUCAAUAAUGGACUGAAGAACACGCGUACUCGACAUACAGUCGCUUUUACUGGGUGAUGGGGACUGGCCAGUGUGAAAACCAUCGCUAUAUUUCGCCUCUUGACCCUUUAAGCUUCUUUCUUGGUUUGCCCCUCAGCUAGACCACAUUCAGGGGGGGUUGUUGUGGCGAGGACAAAAACGUGCAUAUAUUACAAUGCACUGAGUUCCCGCUCUGGCUCUCAAGAUGACAAGAAAAGAACGCGUGUUUUUAUACUAUGUUGCCUGUCGUGGCAUGAUGGGAACCGAGCAUUAAAAAAACAUGGAUGUCUACGCUUUUCGUGUAACUCUUUGGGGCGAAUACUUAACUUUGUUCUAUUUCUUCUUCGUUUUUUUCUUCUUUUGGUUGUCUCACUUUUUUCACCCUUUCGCGACAUGGAACCGGGCGCAUGGAGGAGCUGUAGGUUCUUCGCUGGUCCCGGGUUUGAGUUGUGCUUUUUGUGCUUUUGCUGUGUGUAAAGAGGGAUUGAGGGUCUGCUUGGUUUUACGUAGACGAUGAAUGAGCAAGACGAAAAUAAAAGUCAGUACUAUUACGGCAUUGCUAAAUUAUGGAUCCCAUUGUGUGCAA